AUUGGUUGGUUAGGUGAAUAUAUUAACAGCUGUUUUUAAUAGCUAUGGUUUUAAUUACCUCAAAUUAUGUCAAGAGUGAUUCAGAUCUAGAUGUGAUUUUAGUCUAUGUGUGGUUAGAAACAGUCAGCUAUGAGAUGUGCGUAUAUGUGUGACUGUGUGCGUAUGUGACUAUGUGUGUGUGUGAGUGUGCCUGUGUGUGUAUGUGUGCAUGUGUGCAGUUGGCUAAGGAUGCGUCACGGGAUUAGGGGCUGAGAAGCUCCUCCAGCUCCUUACGCUCCUGCAGAAGGGCAGCGCAACUCAACCGUGCGCGUAUGUGUGUCUGAGUGUCUCCAGUGCGAGUCUCCCCGCCGCUCCGCAUGCGACUCCCAGCUCGCUCAUCUCCUCCAGGAUGACCAGGGCUGGGGUUCCUCUGCUCCUCGUCGCGAUCCACCUCUCCCUGGCAAGGCGGUCUGAUUAUGCUCCAUAUUUUUAUGACAAUGGGCCAAGCAGCCUCGAUGGAAACAUGGCUUUGUUCAGCUUAUCAGAGGACACACCUGUGGGCACACAGGUAUUCGUGCUCAAUGGCACUGACCCAGAGGGAGACCCUGUGCGGUACGGCGUGGCCUUUGAGAAGGGCACUAAGGAAUACUUCAAAGUUGACCCCAAGUCGGGCAACGUGACUCUCGUCUCUGAGUUAGACAGAGAGCAACAAGGCGAGAUUGCGGUUCUUGUCAGUAUUACAGAUGGAAGGAAUAAGGUGGUGGAGAAAGUAAGAGUGUUCAUCACAGAUGCCAACGAUGAGCCACCUCAAUUUCUCAAUUUGCCAUUCAUAGUGGACGUCCCCGAGGACACUUCAGAAGGCACCAGCCUCUAUAAGGUCCAGGCAGUGGACCGAGAUUUGGGAUCUGGAGGCAGUGUCAGUUACUACCUACAGAGUUCUCCCACCACUAAGUUCACCAUAGACAGCCACAGUGGGGUCUUGCGCAUAAAACCUGGUGAGAAACUGGACUAUGAGACAACCAGGACCCACUUCCUUACUGUGGUGGCCAAGGAUGGGGGAGGCAAGUAUAAUGAGAAGUACCAGGUGAUGUCCUCCACCGCCACUGUCACCAUCAACGUCCUGGACUCCCAGGAUACUCCUCCUGCAUUUGUGGGAACACCCUACUUUGGCUAUGUGUAUGAGGUUUCUGUGCCUGGCUCAGAGAUCUUCACAGUCUUAGCCAAAGAUGGAGAUGAGGGCAAUCCCAAUCCUAUCCACUACUCCUUCAUGAAUGGAAGUGGAGGGUACUUCAGCAUUAACAGCACCAGCGGAUGCAUUAGUCUACUGACCUAUCCAGUCCAGCUGAGGAAUGAACUCUUUGAACUCAAAGUCAAGGCAUCUGAGCUGGGACCAGAGAAUGAGGAACUUAGCUAUGCGAUCACCAUGGUGACUAUCCGAGUAGUUGACCUAAAUAAUCACCCCCCAACAUUCUAUGGGGAGAACGGUCCUCAAAGUCGAUUUGAGCUGACCAUGUACGAACACCCACCGGAAGGGGAGAUUCUACGAGGCCUGAAAAUCACUGUCAAUGAUUCAGACCAGGGAGCCAACGCAAAGUUUAAGCUGAGGCUAGUUGGACCGGGCCGAGUACUCAGAGUCGUCCCCCAGACUGUCCUCAACGAGGCCCAGGUCACCAUCAUCGUGGAGAACUCCACUGCCAUCGACUAUGAGAAAUACCAGUUCAUAGCAUUUAAGCUCUUGGCAGUUGAGAUUGACACUCCAGAGAGGUUCAGCGCUACAGCCGACAUCAUCAUCAACCUGAUUGACACCAACGACAACACGCCCAAGUUCUCCUCCGAGUACUACAUCGCCAGGAUUCCUGAGAACUCCCCUGGAGGAUCCAAUGUCGUGGCUGUGACAGCCUCCGAUCCUGACUCUGGGCUGUGGGGUGAAGUGAAGUACUCCAUUUAUGGAUCAGGAGCUGAUCUGUUCCUCAUCCACUCCACGUCUGGCAUUAUCUACACCCAGGCCUGGGCCAGUCUGGACGCUGAGGUGAAGUCCAAGUAUAACUUCUAUGUGAAGGCUGAGGACACGGAGGGAAAGUACAGUCUGGCCGAAGUCUUUGUCACGGUGUUGGAUCUCAAUGAUCAUCCUCCUGAAUUCAACGACAACUUCCUGGAGAAGACCAUGAUCAUUGGUGCCCCAGUGCAAAUACAGGCUGUAGAUGAGGAUGCUGAGGAGCCCAACAAUGUCAUUGAGUACUCCAUCAUGAGAGCUGACCCCGACAACAUAUUUGAGAUCAAUGGGGCCACAGGAGAGAUCAAGCUCAAACCCUACAUCAAGUCUCUGGAGAUUGUGCACAACAUCACCAAGCAGAGGGACUGCAAGUGGUCCCUGGUAGUCCAAGCCCGCGACCGAGGAAAACCAUCAUUUAGCACAACGGCAGUGUUGAAGAUCGACAUAACUGAGGCGACCCCCCUCAAGGGGCCCAUGGCGGCCUUUUUAAUGCAGAGUAGAGAGAAUCCAUUGAAAGCCCUAGGCAUGAUGGCUGGGUUCAUUAGUAUUAUGGUGCUAGUGACUAUCUUGAUCUCCACGGCUAUGUUCAUGCGCAACACAAAGUCGAACAGGAUCAUGCCAGCGCGGCGCAUCAUCCGCAGGAGGCAGCCGGAACCCCCGAGGAGCUUCAAUUUCUUCCGGACGCCUUUCAGUCGGCCCGACAGCGCGGGCGACGACCUCGACCUCGAAGACCCGGACGACGGCGGUGGUGAGAAUGUCGUGAGCCCCAGCGGCCAGAACGUCAACCUGAACAACAACAGCGGCCGGCCCAAACCCCCGCCGCCCAGUGCCCCGAGACUGCCCCCUCCUCCAGCCACCAACUACAGGCCCAAUGAAAGGCAGCGGCCGGUGCCCACCAUAUCGGGCUCGUUGGCAUCCAAGGGCUCCAAGAAGAAGAGACCUGACUCUGAGAGCGUCAGCAACGCACUGGUCUCCGAGCUGAAGAUGAAACUAGAGCAGAAGAUACAGGAGGCAAACAAAAGCUAUUAUUACUGACCCCUGCCCCCAAACAUACGGUCAUUACUGUACAUACCAAGUGUUUUUUCAAGAGAGCCGUGCUUUUUGAAGGCCUCUUCAGGGCAUUCACCUUUCCACUGGCCUGUCAAAGACAAACUGUCCCUUGGUGACUCACUCAUGAAUGUUUGACUAAUUUGGUCAAAUUGUCAAAUCUACUUUUUCGCCGUCUUUUGACAGAAAAUCCCUCCAUCCUUUCAGAUAACAUCCUACCUCCCUUCCACCUUGCUAAAUUCUCACAUUAUGUCCAUGAGAGCCGGCCGGCCACUCUAAUCUAACACCAUUCGUUUUUCAUACAAAACAAGCCAGCCAGUAGGUUUUUGGGAGGAGAUUUUUAAAGCCCGAUUUAUCGCGUCUUAAGAGUUAGUUCACUCGGAUGUUCCAGUCAGAUGGCUGCUCCUGUAGGGUGCUGGAGACUUGGGAGAGGCUAGGCAGGGGGAGGUCAGGGAAGG